GUUGUUGGCAAACAUUGCAGACUGCAGGAGCACAGCGUCUCUCACCUUUGCUCCGUCCGAAAUAAUUUACAUAUUGUCCUCACGUCGCGGACGCAAUGGGACCCUUUUUCGCCCUGUCGGCGCUUUUGGCCUGCUCUCUUCUUCCUACAGAUGCGUUGAUAACAUGUGGUAACCAGCAGUUCCCGUGCGGGAAUGGGCGAUGCAUCACAGUGAGAUGGGUGUGUGACGGCACAGAUGACUGCGGGGACGCCACAGACGAGCUUCCGGCGACUUGCUUGGCCAGAACCUGCAGACCAACAGAGUUCAGUUGUGCAGACCGGCUGCACCAGUGCAUACCGAGCACCUGGCGCUGUGACGGACAGGCAGACUGUGAGAAUGGAGCUGAUGAAGAGAGCUGCGGACCCAGACGCUGCACCAAGUCCGAGUUCGCCUGCGCAAACGGCCAGUGUGUGUCGUCCUCGUUCGUGUGCGACCAUGAAGAAGACUGCAGCGAUGGCAGCGACGAGGCGUCCUGCCCGCCAGUCACCUGUAGCGCCGCUUCCUUCCAGUGCAACAACAGCCUCUGCCUGCCGCGCCUCUGGGCCUGCGACGGAGACGCCGACUGCACGGACGGCUCGGACGAGUGGCCCCAGAACUGUGGCUCGGUGGCGCCCGUCCCCGCUCGGAUGCACCGCUGCUCCCCGCUGGAAUUCCGCUGCCGCAGCGGGGAGUGUGUCCAUGGCAACUGGAGGUGCGACGGAGGAGCGGACUGCCUGGAUCGAUCGGAUGAAGCCGGCUGUGUGCGACCCACCUGCAGUCCCGAUGAGUUUCAAUGCGACGACGGCGCUUGCAUCCAUGGCAGCCACCAGUGUGACGGGCGGUACGACUGCAGGGAUAGGAGCGACGAAACCGGCUGUGUUAAUGCGACCCGGUGUGAGGGUCCAGCCCGGUUCAAGUGCACCAGUGGGGAAUGCAUCAGCAUGGAGAAGGUGUGCGACAGACAGCGUAACUGCAGGGAUUGGUCGGAUGAGCCUCUGAGGGAAUGUGGCUCCAACGAAUGCCUCAUUAACAACGGGGGCUGCUCUCAUAUCUGCAAUGAUCUGAAGAUCGGCUUUGAGUGUGUGUGCCCCUCCGGAUAUCGCCUGGUGGACAAAAAACAAUGCGAAGAUAUUGACGAGUGCGCCGACCAGGAAAGCUGCACCCAGAUCUGCAUUAACCAAAUGGGAAGUUACAAAUGCGAGUGUGAGGAGGGCUACCAAAUUGACCCAGCAACCAAAGCCUGCAAAGUUACGGGUACGAUCCCCUACCUUCUCUUCACCAAUCGACAUGAAGUCCGAAAAAUGACUUUGGACAAGAGCGAGUACACGCCCGUCAUACCGCGACUGAAAAACGUUGUGGCGCUGGACAUGAACAUGGCCACCAGAGAGAUCUACUGGUCAGAUAUGUCCCAGAAGAAGAUCUACAGAGCUCCAAUGGAUUCAGCGGAGGACCCCAGCCACCACACCACAGUGGUCGGCAACGAUAUCGACGCGCCUGAGGGCAUGGCCUUUGACUGGAUCCAUGGCAACCUGUACUGGACCGACAGCAUCCGCAGCACCGUCUCCGUGGCAACUGCCGAUGGUCGUCGGCGUAAGACCCUCUUCGACCGAGGCCUGUCUAAACCUCGAGCGAUUGUGGUCGACCCUUUCAGCAACUUCGCGUACUGGACAGACUGGGGCAAUCCCGCAAAGAUCGAAAAGGGCGGUCUGAACGGGGGCGACCGCAGCGCUCUGGUCACCGACAACAUCGUGUGGCCCAACGGGAUCACGCUGGACCUGUUGAACCAGCGGCUCUACUGGGUGGACUCCAAGCUGCACACCCUCUCCAGCGUGGACAUGCACGGCGGCGGGCGGCGCACCCUCGUCGUCGACGAGCACAAGUUGAGCCAUCCGCUGGGACUCGCUGUGUUUGAGGACCGAGUGUUCUGGACAGACAUCAGCAACAACGCCAUCCUGAGCGCCAACCGGCUGACUGGUGCGGACAUCACUCCAGUGGCGGAGCACCUGACUUCACCAGAGGACAUCGUGGUCUACCACAACGUCAAACAGCCUGCUGGGAGAGACUGGUGUCAGGUGUCCAACGGUGGCUGUGAGUUCAUGUGCCUGGCUGCACCACAAGUGGGCAGACACCCGCCAAAAUAUACCUGCGUCUGCCCGGAUGCCAUGGUGCUCGCCAGUGACAUGAGGAGAUGUCUACCAGCUUCCGUGCAGCCUGCAGUUCCAACCACCGACCACCCAGUAACCACCGCGAACCCACCCCAGCCCCGGGUCAGGAGCUCUGCCGCUCCAGUAACAACCACGAGACCGGUGGUCAAGCCAGCGCAAAGCACUGCGGGGCCUCAGGUCCGAACCACUCAACCUGAACCCCAGCCAGCACAGCCUGAAGACCCAAAGACAACCACAGAAAGCCCAGUCACUUCUCAAGACCUUGGCCAUGACGUUGGUGCAGUGAUACCCCAAACAGCCUCCAGCCCGCCACUUGCCUUGUACAUCGCCUUACCUUUGGUAAUCCUGUGCAUAAUGGCUGUCGCUGGCCUGCUGCUCUGGAAGAACUACAAGCUGAAGAACACCAACACCAUCCACUUUGACAACCCUGUCUAUCAAAAAACCACAGAGGACCAGGUUCACAUUUGGAGGAAUCACAGCACUGAUGGGUAUUCGUAUCCAAAAAAGCAAGUUGUGAGUCGGAAUGAAGAGGCGGACAAUCCAACUUUCAGUGAGAACUGAGUAGCAGGUGAAGGACGUCCAUGAAAUGGUGUCCCUUUUUUUUUUUUUUUUUUUUAUUGUUUACCUCACACGGAAUUGAGCUUUCAACCACCAUAUCCUCACACGGCCACUAAACCUCGUCUCGGUCAUUCAGGUUCUUUUCAUUUUGCUCAUUUUUGCUGAUUUUUUUCUACUGGAUUCCACAAUUGUUUUUCUUGUCCAAGUCAAAAAUCAGUUAGCAGUUAGCAACAUUAGCAACAGUGCAAAAAUGGCCUUUUUCACUGUUAUUGCAGUCAGGCAAACAUUGAUGCUGGAAACAAAAGAAUAUUUAAAAAUUUUACUUGACACAUGCUAACAUUACCAUGCUAACUUUUUCAGCCAGUUUUGCAGCUGAACACCUCAGACUCAUAUUACUUGGUACUUGACACUAGGUAACUGUUUGCAUGCUAACAUUACCAUGGUAACAUUUUUAGCCAGUUUGCAGUCAACAUCUCAGGGUCAUAUAACUGGGUACUUGGCAUAUGCUAACAAUACCAUGCUAACUUUUUUAGCCAGUUUUGCAGCCAACACCUCAGAGUCAUUUAAUUUGGUACAUGACACAUGCUAACAUUACCAUGCUAACUUUUUCAGCCAGUUUUGCAGCUGAACACCUCAGAGUAAUAUAACGAGCUACUUGACACAUGCUAACUUUUUUAGCCAGUUUUGCAGCCAACACCUCAGAGUCAUUUAAUUUUGUACUUGACACAUGCUAACUGUUAGCAAGCUAACAUUAUCAUGCCAACUUUUUAGCUGAAGGUCUCUGACUCAUAUUACUUGGUACUUGACACAUGCUAGCUGUUAGCAUGCUGAUAUUACCAUCCUACAUUUUGAGCCUGUUUUGGAGCUGAACACCUCGGAGUUAUAUUAGGGGGUACUUGACAUGCUAACAUUCACAUGGUAACUUUUUUAGUCAUUUUUGUAGCCAACACCUCAGGGUCAUUUAAUUUGAUACUUGACACAUGCAAACUGUUAGCAUAAUAACAAUACCAUGCUAACUUUUUCUAAACGUCUCAGACUCACAUUACUUGGUACUUGACACGUGUUAACUGAUAGAAUGCUAACAUUACAAUGCUACGUUUUGAGCCUGUUUUGCAGCCGAACACCUCAAAGUCAUUUAACGAGGUACUUGACGCAUGCUAACAUUACCAUGCUAACUUUUCCAGCCAGUUUUGCAGCCAACACCUCAGAGUCAUUUAUUUGGUACUUGACACUUGCUAACUGUUAGCAUGCUAACAAUACUAUGCUAACUUUUUAGCCGAACGCCCCAGGCUUAUAUUACUUGGUACUUGACACGUGCUAACUGUUUGCAUGCUAACAUUACCAUGGUAACUUUUUUAGCCAGUUUUGCAGUCAACACCUCAGGGUCAUUUAUUUCGAUACUUGACAUAUGCAAACUGUUAGCAUACUAACAUUACCAUGCUAACUUUUUAGCCGAAAGCCUCACUCAUAUUACUUGGUACUUGAUGCAUGCUAACUGUUAGCAUGCUAACAUGCUAUGUUUUGAGCCUGUUUUGCAGCCGAACACCUCAGUCAUAUAACGAGGUAUUUGAGGCAUGCUAACAUUACCAUGCUAAAUUUUUUUAGCCAGUUUUGCAGCCAACACCACAGAGUCAUUUCAUUUGGUACUUGACACAUGCUAACUGUUAGCAUGCUAACAUUACCACGCUAACUUUUUUGCCGAACGCCUCAGACUUAUGUUACUCGGUUCUUGACACGUGUUAACUGUUAGCAUGCUAACAUUACCAUGCUACAUUUUGAGCCCGUUUUGCAGCCAAACAUCUCGGAGUUAUAUAAGGAGGUACUUGACAUGCUAACAUUUACAUCCUAACUUUUUUAGCCAGUUUUGCAGCUAACACCUCAGAGUCAUUUCAUUUGGUACUUAACACAUGCUAACUGUUAGCAUGCUAACAUUACCACGCUAACUAUUUAGCCGAACGCCUCAGACUCAUAUUACUUGGAACUUGACACGUGUUAACUGUUAGCAUGCUAACAUCACCGUGCUACAUUUUGAGCCUGUUUUGUAGCCGAACAACUCAGAGUUAUAUAACUAGGUACUUAGCACAUGCUAACAAUACCAUGAUAACCUUUUUUAGCCAGAUUUGCAGCCAACACCUUGGAGUAAAUUAAUUUGAUACUUGACACAUGCUAAGUGUUAGCAUGCUAACAUUACAUGCUAAUUUUUUAGCCGAACGCGUCAGACUCGUAUUACUUGGUACUUGACACGUGCUAACCUUUAGCAUGCUAACAUUAUCAUGCUAUCUUUUCAUAUAAGGAGGUACUUGACAUGCUAACGUUUUAGCCAGUUUUGCAGCCAAUCACUUUAAAGUCAUAUAAGGAGGUACCUGACACGUGCUAACAUUACCACGCUAACUUUUUUGCCUGUUUUGCAGCCGGACACCUCAGGGUCAUAUAACGAGCUACUUGACACAUGCUAACAUUACCAUGCUAACUUUUUUAGCCAGUUUUGCAGCCAACACACAGUCAUUUAAUAUGAUACUUGACACAUGCUAACUGUUUGUAUACUAACAUUACAAUGCUAACUUUUUAGCUAGCUUUGCAGUCAACACCUUAGAGUCAUUUGGUACUUGACAGAUGCUAACUGUUAGCAUGCUAACAUUACCAUGCUAACUUUUUAGCCGAGCGCCUCAGACUCAUAUUACUUCUUACUAAACAUGUGCUAACUGUUAGCAUGCUGACAUUACCAUGCUAACUUUUUAGCCAGUUUUGCAGCCGGACAACUCAGGGUCAUAUAACUAGGUACUUAACACAUGCUAACAUUACCAUGCUAACAUUACCACGCUACCUUUUUAGCCGAAUGCCUCACACUCAUGUUACUUGGUACUUGACACGUGUUAACUGAUAGCAUGCUAACAUUACAAUGCUACGUUUUGAGCCUGUUUUGCAGCCGAACACCUCAAAGUCAUUUAACGAGGUACUUGACGCAUGCUAACAUUACCAUGCUAAAUUUUUGAGCCAGUUUUGCAGCCAAUUUAUUUGGUACUUGACACAUGCUAACUGUUAGCAUGCUAACAAUACUAUGCUAACUUUUUAGCCGAACUCCUCAGACUUAUAUUACUUGGUACUUGACACGUACUAACUGUUUGCAUGCUAACAUUACCAUGGUAACUUUUUUAGCCAGUUUUGAAGUCAACACCUCAGGGUCAUUUAUUUCGAUACUUGACAUAUGCAAACUGUUAGCAUACUAACAUUACCAUGCUAACUUUUUAGCCGAAAGCCUCAGACUCAUAUUACUUGGUACUUGAUGCAUGCUAACUGUUAGCAUGCUAACAUGCUAUGUUUUGAGCCUGUUUUGCAGCCGAACACCUCAGUCAUAUAACGAGGUAUUUGAGACAUGCUAACAUUACCAUACUAAAUUUUUUUAGCCAGUUUUCCAGCCAACACCUCAGAGUCAUUUCAUUUGAUACUUGACAUAUGCUAACUGUUAGCAUGCUAACAUUACCAUGCUAACUUUUUAGCCGAACGUCUCAGAGUCAUAUUACAUGGUACUUGACACGUGCUAACUGUUAGCAUGCUAACAUAACCGUGCUACGUUUGAGCCCAUUUUGCAGCCGAACAUCUCAGAGUUUUAUAAGGAGGUACUUGACAUGCUAACAUUUACAUGCUAACUUUUUUAGCUAGUUUUGCAGCCAACACCUCAGAGUCAUUUCAUUUGGUACUUGACACAUACUAACUGUUAGCAUGCUAAAAUUACCAUGCUAACUUUUUAAACGAACGCCUCAGACUCGUAUUACUUGGAACUUGACACGUUGUAACUGUUAGCAUGCUAACAUUACCAUGCUACAUUUUGAGCCUGUUUUGCAACCGAACACCUCAGAGUUAUUUAACUAGGUACUUAUCACAUGCUAACAAUACCAUGAUAACUUUUAAAGCCAGAUUUGCAGCCAGCACCUUUGAGUAAUUUAAUUUGAUGCUUCACACAUGCUAACUGUUAGCAUGAUAACAUUACCACUCUAACUUUUUUGCCGAACGCCUCAGACUCAUAUUACUUGGUACUUUUCACGUGUUAACUGGUAGCAUGUUAAAAAUACCAUGCUAACUUUUUUAGCCAGUUUUGCAGCCAACACCUCAGAGUAAUUUCAUUUGGUACUUGACACAUGCUAACUGUAAGCAUGCUAACUUUUAUUUUUAGACAACUUUUGCAUGCAUGCUGCUUCAUAGUCGCAUAAUUUGGUAUGCGACACAUUCUGUUAGCACGCCAAGGUAAGCAUUUAAGUGCAGCUAGCACAUUUAAGUGUUUUUUUUUUAUUUUUGUGUAGCGUUCUAAACCAAACUGUGUUUAUUUUGUCCGGGCCAAAGAAAAACAAGCUGGGGGGCCGCACUUUGGACACCCCUGGUUCAGCACGCUAUAUGGAUGAGAUCCAGGAUGGGAGUCCAAAGAGUUCGAUGUGCUCUUUUUUAUGGGUUCCAUUUUCACUUGUGGAGUUUUCAAGCACAUGUUGGAGGCAUUUUUAGCUCCAGUCCGUCAUGUUGGACUUUUUGUUGUUGUUGUUUUUAUUGGAGAAACAUGAGAUUUGUACGUCCACGUCUCGCUGGAGGAGAGAGUGCAUUCCUUUGAUGCAGACAUGUGUGAGCGCACUAUAACACGUGUACAUUUCCAGCCUGGCCUUAUGGCAGCACAGAAAACACGUGCCUCUCCUCCGUCUUUGCAUUCCAACUUUUCCUCCCGUCUUCGUUUUUGGCGGAGGACGGAGAAGAGAAUCGGAUCUAUUGUAAAUGUUGGAGAAAAUGUAUAUAGUCAUUUAAUGUAAAUAGGAUGUUCAUAAAUGUAAAUAUUCUUGUUUUUUUCUGGUACAAAUGUUUUCCUUUGCUGUACAUAAAUAAAUGCUUGUAUUUAUUAAAGAUCCACUCAGCACUCAA